AUGGGGCGUAAAAAUUUCUCGAAUACUACCAAAACCUUCGAACAGUUAAUUAAUGAUAGUGAAGCAGCAGCAGAAUACGAAAAAAAAUUAAAAGUUCUUUUAGCGGAUGAGAAUGGAAAAAGUCCGGACAGUGUGACGGCUGAUUCAGAACUGGUAAGGUUAGCCAAGGAAGCAAGCAAGAGCACUCGCCAGAAAUUAAAAACCCACCAAGACGCCUUAACCACUGCCAAAGCCGAUGCCUUGGCGGCUUUACAAGUCCAAAAAGACGGACAAAAUGAUUGGUGGGAAAAGUUAGAUUCCAAAAACCCUACUUUCACCACCGCCCAAGAAUUAAAUGCUUAUGUGCUAGCGGUCAGUGAAACCAUUAGGACUUUAAAAGAGCAGGAAAAGGGGGAGGAAUUAAACAAAACAAAAAAAGAAGCGUUAAAUCUUUACAGCGGUUUAGUAGCCAAAGUCAUCGACCAAUUAAAAAUUAAUCAAGAUUUAAAAGCCGCUAAAGCCCAGGCCUUGAUUGAUUUAACGGCGUUAAGAGAAAACAGCACAGAGGAGUUAACUCGAUACGUUCAUGUUAUUACGGACGCUAUUAGUAAGGUGAAAGGGGCGGAUGAUAUAAAAAAUGCCAAAAUUAACGCUGCGAAUCGUUUAGACAUUUUUAGAGGAACAUUAAGCGACAAUGACAUUACGACCAUGGCCAAUGAAAUCGAACCGAAUAUCACCAGCGGAGCAGUCUGGACCCAAAAAUUACAAGCCAAUGACCCCACAAUUUUCAAUGCCGAACAAUUAAGCCACUAUGUCAAAAUCAUCACGCAGGCUAUUAACAAAUGCCAAGCGGGCCACGACUUAAAACAGGCCAAAACCCAAAUCCGCACUACUUUACGAAAUUUAGCCCAAAAAGCCGGUCUGAAUGACGGGCAAGUUAAUACAAAACUCGGUCUGGCUCCUGUUCAACACGCCAACCAACUCAUACGGGUUAUUGAGGCAGAAGUGGUUGCGAAAACUGAUUUUGAUACAACAAAAGGAGAAAGAGAUAAUCUGGAAAACCAAAUAAAAUUGGUGCGGAGAGAAUUAAGUAUAGGAGCCACCGUGACUGAUGUGAAUGAUUUAGUCAAAAAAACCGAUUUGACGGCAGCGGAGGGCAAACUCACUCAACUCAAAAAUGAUUUGCGAGUAAUUAAAAACGAUAAUACAAUUGAUACGGCACGGGUGAACCAAAUAAAAGAUAAUGAAGCCGAAUUAACUCGCAUUAAUAAUGAUAUAAUUGCGAAAAUUAAGACCAAGACUAAUCUAAAAACUUUAAUUAAGUUAAAUGCGAAUAAUAAAAAUGAACUUGAUACUGCCCGUUUAGACGCGAUUGAGACCAUAUUGUCUACUCCAGCCAAUGCAAACGCGGCAGAUGUGGCAAAGUAUAAGGUUAAAUUACAAGGUUUAGGAAUUGCGGCCGGUUAUAGUGAUUUUAGUGCCGUGCUGGCAGAAUUAACUAAUUUAAAAACUGAAAAGAGCGAUUUCCAAAAUAAAUUAAGCCAGCAAGAAGAAAAUUGUCGAAAAGAAAAAGAAGCCUUUCAAGUCCAAAUCGAGCAAAAAGAGCAGGAUUUAUUGAAGCUUAUGGUGGAACAAUUAGAAUUAAAUUUAACCGGUGAUAAAUAUGAGCGGCAACAAGUAUUAGAUAAGAUAAAAGAGUUGGUUGUUAAACCGGAUACUAACCAAGAAACUAAUCUGGUUAAUCUCCGCCAGCAAAUAGCCGAACAAGAGAAAGAAAUAACAAAAUUGAGAGAACAAGACAAGGAAAAUCAUCCAACUUCAGAAGUUAUUAAAGAGCGAGCCGAAAACAUGCUAAAAGAUUUAAACCUGGAAAAUUCCACUUAUCAGACCGAAUUGGCGAAAAUUACUUCUCUUUCAGAAUUAACUAACUUUUAUCAAAAAUUAGCCAAAAAUGAAAUUGCCGCUUUUUCAGUCGUAAAAAUAAAAGGCAGCAAAGCAUUAGGCAAGAAAG